AUGAUUCCCAAUAUCUUGACAUUAUCCCUUCUUGCCGGCAGCGCCCUCGCUGUCCCAGCUGAGGUUGACAUCGAGAAACGUAUUACCUGCCCAGGCGUCCACAUCUUUGGAGCGCGCGAGACAACCGCAUCCCCCGGAUACGGCUCAUCCAACACAGUCGUCAAUGGCCUACUCAGCGCCUACCCAGGCUCUACAGCUGAGGCCAUCGUUUACCCUGCCUGCGGUGGACAAUCAUCCUGCGGCGGCGCGAGCUACUCCAGCUCAGUUGCCCAGGGCAUCGCAGCUGUCGCUUCGGCUGUAAACUCCUAUAACACACAGUGCCCAUCGACCAAACUUGUACUGGUCGGAUAUUCUCAGGGUGGUGAAAUCAUGGACGCAGCCUUGUGCGGUGGCGGUGUCCCCAACCAAGGCUACACCGACACUAGGGUCCCGCUGUCUGCCUCUGCUGUGAAUAUGGUAAAGGCAGCCAUCUUUAUGGGUGAUCCACUGUAUGUGGCAGGAUUGCCGUACAAUGUUGGAACUUGUGCUGCUGGAGGCUUCGACGCACGUCCUUCUGGCUUCUCUUGCCCGUCGGCCAGUAAGAUUAAGUCAUACUGCGACGCUGCGGACCCGUAUUGCUGCAACGGCAAUAACGGUGCGACCCACCAGGGCUAUGGGGCUGAGUAUGGCGCACAGGCUAUCGCCUUUGUCAAGGCUACCCCACCACGGAAGCUCCAAGCUCCAAGCUCCAAGCUUCUUCCAUUCCUCAUGGCCUCUCAUAUUCCCAACCUAAACACUCUCCGACGAGGCCGAGGCCGAGGUCGAGGCUUAGGUCGCACAGAAGAAACCGGAAUCCCUUCUGGAAAAGAUCGCAUCGUUCAAGGCACAGACAAUGACGCAAGCGUGUCCCGCCUCAGCGCCGUCGAGCUAGGAUAUCUGGACGAUGUGUACGCGGCAGCAUUGACACCUCCGGGGUCAGCGACGCGAAGAUUGCCAAUUAUUAACAGAGGAACCUACGCCCGCACGACAGCCAUUGACCAGCUCGUGGCGCGUUUUCUCGGCCCAUACUCACCGGAAAAUACACAAAAGAAGCAAAUCAUAUCUCUAGGCGCCGGGUCGGACACACGCGUCUUCCGGCUUCUCUCGUCGCGCCAAACCCCAGAUUUCGUUUAUCACGAGCUCGAUUUCGCCGUUAACACAGCGGAUAAGAUCCGCGCAAUUAGAUCGGCGCCUGUACUACAGCGCGCGCUGGGGAUUGGCUCAUCGGAGGUUUCGUCUGAAAAGCAUACUCGCGUUGCCGUGUCGGAGGCCGGGGACGCGCUCCAUUCGCCCUCGUACCAUGUCCAUCCGGUGGAUCUGCGGUCGCUGUCGACGUGCAACGACCCUGCUAGUGCACUUCCAGGUGUGGAAACGGGAUUACCGACUUUGCUGAUAUCCGAGUGCUGUUUGGUUUAUCUCUCGCCUAUCGAGGCGGAGCAGGUGGUUGCGUUUUUCACGCAACGUCUUUUUGGUCAUGGGCGUGCAGUGCCUGGGCAUGGAGACAGCUUGCAGGAAGCGCAGGUAGAUGUUGCUCCACUCGGGUUGGUUCUUUAUGAGCCUAUUAGACCAAAUGAUGCUUUUGGUCGCACGAUGGUGUCGAAUCUUGCGGCGCGCGGCAUUCAACUCAAGACUCUCCCAAGAUAUGCGUCGCUUGGGGCGCAGCGUGACCGCUUCCGAGAGCAGGGCUUUGGGAAUGGCCAGGCUGUAGCUGAUAUUGAAUUCAUUUGGAAGCGGUGGGUGAACGAAGACGAAAAAGAAAGAGUUGCUGGGCUAGAAAUGCUCGAUGAGCUGGAGGAGUGGCAGUUGCUUGCACGGCAUUAUUGCAUUGCUUGGGGAUGGAGAGACCGCGAGGAUGUCUCGGCGUUUGCUGGGUGGAAGGAUUUAGAGGCUCAGCAAGGCGAGUAG